AAACAUUUCAUAAAGAGGAAGAAUAAUUAUUUAUUUAAUUUACUGCUGUACUGAAUAGAAAUGGGAGUUACAAUAUUGGUACCAUAUCCAUUGGAUAAUAAGAAAACCGGGCCUGAAGUUGUUGAAGAGCUAUCAAAACGAUUGUUGGCAAUGCAAGCUACACAAACUGGACAUUUUCUUGUAGACGGAGAUGUAUUUGAGAGCUCAUUUAACAAAACAAAAAUCCAUGUAAUGCACAACUCUGAAUAUCCUGCCAGUGUAUUCUCAAUUUUAGAUAAUGGACAGAAGCAAAUUCCACUUAUAACUGAUUUGAUUUUUGAUCUACUAAUGCUGAAAGUGAAUCCAAUUUAUGCAUCAAGGAAGCAAUUAAAGAUUGAGUCAAAAGGUCCACGAUUUGAGCUGGGUGAUUUUCUUGUGAAACUUGGAAGUGUGACGAUGAGUCAAAGUCAAACAUUUAAAGGAUUACUGAUAGAAGUUGAUUAUCGACCUUGCUUAAUUCCAAUUAUUUGCUGGGAAUUAAUUCGUGAAUUUCUACAAGGAUUUCUGGGUCAGUACUCUCCAACAACUAUUCCAGUCUACUUUACGAAUUCUGUCCCAAAUCCUCAUCAUCCAGUUCCUUAUCAAAAAUCAAACGAUACAUACCAACCGAUUGAUACAGUCCAACAAUAUUUGGAACAUUUCAAUAAUUAUAGAAAGCAGACCAUAGCAUUGAUGAUGGGUCCUAAUAAAUGAAUUACGAUGCAGCUUUAAAUCACCCACAGACCAGAAUCCCCACGCAAAAUUCCCCGAAGAACCCACAAAACAAAAAUCACGGGUUUCCAAAACCACCACUUGAAAAUGUAUGUGGAGUUUCUGGAAAAAAGUGUAUUUCAUAAACACCGCAUAUAUUUCCAAAUGGUGGAUAAAAUCACACGUGUGUUUUUAUUGACCACGUACAAUCACACGUGUAUUUUUAUUCAUAUUACCUGAUGUGCUUCAUAUUACCCGAAAAUUUUGUCUGUGGGCGUUUUGGAGAUCAGUGUAAUAUUUUUUAAAGUUUGAAAAAUAGUGAACAAAAUUAGAUUUUAUUCUCAUUUUUUAUAUGCAAACUUAAUUUUUGUAUUUAAAAAGAAUAUAGUUCAUGAUUGAAAC